GGCCCCCAGAGCGAGUCAGGCGGCGCCAUGCUCAGCGCCCAGGAGCGCGCUCAAAUCACGCAGGUCUGGGACCUGAUCGCGGGCCACGAGGCGCAAUUUGGGGCGGAGCUGCUCCUCAGGCUCUUCACCGUGUACCCCAGCACCAAGGGCUACUUCCCACACCUGAGUGCCUGCCAGGACGCGGCGCAGCUGCUGAGCCACGGUCAGCGCAUGCUGGCAGCCGUGGGCGCGGCGGUGCAGCACAUGGACAACCUGCGCGCCGCGCUGAGCCCGCUGGCGGACCUACAUGCGCUCGUGCUGCGCGUGGACCCAGCCAACUUUCCGCUGCUAAUCCAGUGUUUCCAGGUCGUGCUGGCCUCCCACCUGCAGGACGAGUUCACCGUGGAAAUGCAGGCGGCGUGGGACAAGUUCCUGACUUCCGUGAGCACCGUGCUGACCUCCAAAUACCGUUAAGCUGGAGCCUCGGUGGCCAUGCCCCUUGCCCCUUGGUUCUCGGGCCAGGCCCUCCUUCCCUCCCUGCACCUGCAGCCCCUGGUCUUUGAAUAAAGUCUGAGUGGGCGGCA